AUUAUUUGUGAGACAACUUUCCGUGGUGUUUAUGAACACCGGGCGCUGCAGAGAACAUCACGAUAGUGCAUUGACAGCAGUCGAUAAAUAAGGCGGAGGAUGUCUGCAGCUGCUCUCCGUUUGAUCCGCUGUCGGAGACUGAGCACAGCUGGGUCGCCUGGAGUAAGGAAAGUGCCUCUGUGGAAAGAUUUAAGAAAGGUUGCUAAAGUAACUGCUGCAGUUGUCUCUGGGGGCUGUCUUUUUAUCACUUAUGAAGUGGUGGCCUUGGACAAGGCUGUGACCAUUGAUACUAGUGCAAUUCUUCAGGAAAAGUACAAGUCUUACAUCUAUCUGAGAGCCACUCCUUCAGAUGAGAAGGACAACCUUACUGCAGGGCUCACACACAAAGCAAGGAGGGAACUUCACAAAGCAGCAAGGCGGUUUCUGGAAUUAUCCUCGAGGGUUUUGCUGCAAUCACUAGACGAGCACUUCAGCCAUCUAGAUGCAGACCCCCAUGAGGUGGCAUUAUGGGCCUUACUGAAGAGGACAAUGUCACCCAAUAAAGCCAUCAGAGUGCAGGCUGUUCAGGAGCUGGCAGAGAAUCACCACUGGCAGGACUACCAGUACCAGACAGCAGCCCAGAUUAUAGACCAGCGGACAGCAGUGGGUCUGGCCCGGACCCCUAAGGUAGACCUUCGAUUCUUCCUGCGUUCACCUGCACUGCCUGAACUGAAGAACAAUUUGUCGGCAGAGGACGGACUGAGACAGCUACUGGCGUCUCUGCCUCAGUCUGAGGUGGAUAAAUGUGUUCAGUACUUCACAUCCCUGGCCCUCAGAGAGAGCACCCAGUCCCUGGCAGCACAACGGGGCGGUCUGUGGUGUUUUGGAGGGAAUGGACUGCCUUACGCACAGAGCCUCACCUCCGUUCCCUCUGAGAAGGUGGAAUCCUUUUGCCUACAGGCACUGGUACAGCACUCAAAGGUAGAGAGCCACUGUGAACACAUAGUUUCCAACGGGGGUCUGCAGCUCCUCCAGAGGGUUUAUCAGCUUCGUAAAGACUCCCUGAAGAUCCAGAGGAACAUUGUUCGAAUCAUAGGAAAUUUGGCGCUCAAUGAAAGUGCUUACCAGGCCAUUUCCCAGUCUGGCUGGAUAUCUGUGCUGGCUGAGAUGAUGCAGUCUCCUCAUGUCAUGCAGGCGUCUCAUGCAGCUCGCGCUCUCGCCAACCUGGAUAGGGAGACGGUGAAAGAGAAAUACCAAGACGGCAUCUAUAUCCUCCACCCUCAAACACGUGACAACCAGCCAAUCAAAGCUGACGUGCUCUUCAUCCAUGGGAUUCUCGGGGCAGCUUUUAAGACUUGGAGGCAAAAGGACCGUAAUGGGUUAGAGGAAGAGACAGAAAGCAAGGAUGACUACACUGAGUGCUGGCCGAAGUCAUGGUUGGCUGCUGACUGUCCCAAUCUGAGAGUGCUAUCAGUGGAGUAUGACAGUCACCUCAGUGACUGGAUGGCCAAGUGUCCUGUUGAGAAUCAGAGAAAGUCCUUGGCCUACAGAAGUCGAGAGCUGCUAAAGAAGUUAAAGCUGGCUGGAGUCGGAGAGAGACCUGUGGUCUGGGUAGCCCACAGUAUGGGAGGAUUGCUUGUGAAGAAAAUGCUGCUGGAUGCCUCUGAGGACCCAGAAAUGCAGGCACUGUUAAACAACACCAAGGGCAUUAUGUUCUAUAGUGUUCCUCACCAUGGCACCUUUAUGGCAGAGUACUCGGUCAAUGUCAGAUAUCUCCUCUUUCCCUCUGUAGAAGUCAGAGAACUUUGUAAAGACUCACCAGCACUGCGCAAUCUGAAUGAGAACUUCCUGGAUAUGGCAAAAGAAAAGGAAUUUAAGGUGCUGAGCUUUGCAGAGACGCUGCCAACCAACAUCGGUCCAAUGAUCAAGAUCCUAGUGGUGCCAACACAGUCAGCAAAUCUCGGCAUCGGGGAGCUCAUCGAGGUGGACGUAGAUCAUCUCAACAUCUGCAAGCCAGAGAAGAAGGACUCCUUUCUGUACAAGCGCAGCCUCCAGUUCAUCCUGGAAGCUCUGCAGAGCUACAUCAGCCACUGACUAAAAUAUAUGAACAUAAACACACCGAUAAACUUUUUACUUGAAAUGGGGUAGAGCCAGACACCCAUCCCCUUUAAACCAAAUGGAAACAUAACUGCCUUUCCUUGUUGUACAUUUACAUAAACAACCACUAAUGUGAUCAUAGUAUAAAUAGUGAAAUUAAUUAUAACUUACACAUCAAAUUGUAAAGAGUAGUCAGUUGUGAAAUAUUGGGUGCUAUUUAGUUUUCUAGUCAUCCUUUUAGAUUGGUCUCUCUCACAUAGAGUAUUUUUAAAAUCAUUGACAUUUUUGAAAGAUCCAAAUUACGAGUUUCAGAUCAUUCAAAUGUAUAAUAUAUUUUAAUGGCACUUUUACUUACCAGUUUGACAUAUGGCACAUUAUGGUCAUUCAAAAUGUACAUUAAGAUGCACUGACUUGUCUUUGCCACUCAUGCCAAUCAGUAUUUUUGACGAGUGGUAUUAGAUUCUAUUUUUUAAAUUGUUUUAUUUAACUCUUAUUCAAGUAUGUGUGUCAUAUUGUUGGCCAAAACAUGUUCCUUCCUGAACUUUACCUCAAAUGGACCUGUUGUUAUAAUUUCAGGUUGCUUUAUUCAUUUGUACAGGACUAAUCAGGCAAUUGGUUUUCAAUCUCCAUGUGUUUAUUGUCCAAAUUGCCACAAGCAAUGCUGACUAUGAAUAAAUGUAUCAAGUUGGA